UCAUGUGUUGUACGUCGUGUCCGGUGGAGGUCACAGACAUCUGAGCACAACUGAGUGGAGCUGCUGUCAUGGCCAAGUUGUUCGAGUCUAUUGGAAAGUUGGGGCUGGCCCUCGCCAUUGGUGGAGGUGUUGUGAACUCUGCCCUAUUCAAUGUUGAUGCAGGGCACCGGGCCGUGAUAUUCGACAGGUUCAGAGGAGUGCAAGAUGCUGUUGUUGGUGAAGGGACCCACUUCCUUAUUCCCUGGGUUCAGAAACCCAUUAUCUUUGAUUGUCGCUCCCGUCCACGCAACGUGCCUGUCAUCACAGGCAGCAAAGAUCUGCAGAAUGUAAACAUCACAUUGCGUAUCCUCUUCCGACCGGUGACAACCCAGCUGCCUCGCAUUUUCACCAGUAUCGGUGAGGACUACGAUGAGAGGGUGCUACCAUCCAUCACCACAGAGGUCUUGAAGGCUGUAGUGGCUCGGUUUGAUGCUGGUGAGCUCAUCACACAGAGAGAGCUUGUGUCUCGGCAGGUCAGUGAGGACCUCACAGAAAGAGCCGGCACUUUCGGCCUCAUCUUGGAUGAUGUCUCACUGACACACUUGACCUUUGGCAAGGAAUUCACAGAGGCUGUUGAAAUGAAGCAAGUGGCCCAGCAGGAGGCUGAGAGGGCCCGGUUUGUUGUAGAAAAGGCAGAGCAACAGAAGCAGGCGGCCAUCAUCUCAGCAGAGGGAGAUUCCCAGGCUGCCUUGCUCAUCGCCAACUCCCUGAUGGAGGCUGGUGACGGUCUGGUAGAGCUACGUAAGCUGGAGGCAGCUGAGGACAUCGCUUUCCAGCUCUCCCGUGCCCGCAACGUCACUUACCUGCCGUCAGGACAGGGCACAUUGCUCCAGCUGCCCCAGUGAUAACAUCUAGUCUCAUGUCUAGCCCACUCUUGCUGUCACCAGCCGUUACAAGGGCCAUGGAAGGGGUGGUUGGAGGAUUUAAUAAAGGACUCUCAACUUCUCACACAUUCCUCCCACUCUUUCUCUAACCAACUCUGGACUGGGCUCUGCUGAUAGUAGGAUGGUGGGAGACAAAGUGAGAGGUCUGUGAUGGAUACAUUUAUGAAGUCCACCCACAUGUAAGGAAGUGGAGAGUAACCUAUAUAUAGUACUUGUUUUGAAAAAAAAAUGACAAUGCAGUAAAUUCUCUUUGUCUUUGCUGCAUUGUUUCAGAUUCAGAGCACUGCAUGUGUGGAAAGCAACAGAGUAAUUAUAACAUCACAGGGGAAUAAAGUUUGUAAUUCCUGUACAAGAUAAGAUGAAAAAUUGUGAAUGAUAAAUGUUAUUACUCUGUUAUAUGUGCUGGAAUGUUUCAUCAAUAUGUGCUACUACGUAUAUUCAGAUCUGUAAUGAAAAGCCUCUUCUGUUGAUUCUGACAUCAAAGACUAAAAUGCAUAUUUGACUUAAAUUCUCCUUUUUUGUGUUCUGAUUUGCCAGAAGUAUAACAUUUCUGGAAUAUAUCUACUUUCUAUCAAAUGAUCCCUUAAUGAAUAGUAUUCCUACCCCCAAAAAGGACUGGAACGUGCCUGUCUGAUAGUAGAGAAUGAGCCUACAUUCUUUACAGUUGUCGCUGUGUCUUUAGUUUGUGUGGAGAAAAGUAAACGCCCCGUGUUUCAGAAAUGGCUUAACUUGACAAUAAAAAUGGUCUUUCUA